CGUCGUUGGUGUUGUAUUACCCUUCUUUCAAUUCACUUCUCUUUACAUAAAGGAGUCUCAGCUCUCUGUGUCUGAGUAUAAAGGAAGAAAAAGGAAUGAGAACAAGGAGAGGGGUCUGUUAUCCGAAAGUAAAUAUGUGUAUUGAAAACAGACUAGUUGUGAAGAGAAGGAGAGAUAUUUCCGGCAUCGGAGAACAUAUGGGUCGUCGGAAAAGAUCUAAACUUUCACCGGAGUUCACUGCUCAUAAACCUGACCUCUUUGAUUGUUUGCCUGAUGAUCUCCUUAUCUCUAUUCUCUGCAAACUCAGUUCCUCUGCUGCUUCUCCCGCUGAUUUCGUCAACGUUUUGAUUACUUGCAAAAGACUAAAUGGGUUAGGCUAUAAUUCGCUUGUAUUAUCAAAAGCCUCUCCGAAAAUGUUAGCCGUGAAAGCUCAGAACUGGUCGGAAUCUGCUCACCGGUUUCUUAAACAAUGCGCCGACGCCGGAAAUGUUGAAGCUUGUUACACCCUUGGCAUGAUUCGAUUCUACUGCUUACAAAAUCGAGGAAGCGGAGCGUCGUUGAUGGCGAAGGCGGCGAUUAGCUCUCACGCGCCAUCGCUUUACUCUCUUGCCGUUAUCCAGUUCAACGGCAGCGGCGGUUCAAAGAACGACAAGGACCUACGCGCUGGAGUUGCACUGUGUGCACGCGCUGCCUUCUUGGGGCACAUCGAUGCUUUGAGAGAGCUUGGCCACUGCCUUCAAGAUGGCUACGGCGUGAAGCAAAACAUCGCCGAGGGUCGGCGAUUCCUCGUCCAAGCCAACGCGCGUGAGCUUGCCGCUGUGUUGUCCACAACGCCUUCAGCUCUAACCUCCGGCGGCUGGCUAACGUGGAACCCGUUGCCUCAUCACCGCCACCCCGUGGCAGGCACCGGGUGCCCGUUACUGAGUGAUUUUGGAUGUAAUGUUCCUGCUCCGGAAUCUCACCCAGCAAAUCUGUUUUUGACGGAGUGGUUUUCUUCAGAGGGUGGAGUUCCGGGUUCGGGGCUUCGACUUUGUUCUCAUGUGGGUUGUGGAAGACCCGAAACUAGGAGACACGAAUUCCGGCGAUGCUCUGUUUGCGGUACUGUAAACUAUUGCUCACGCGCUUGUCAGGCGCUUGAUUGGAAGAUGCGUCACAAGGCAGAGUGCACGCCGGUGGAGAGGUGGAUUGAUGAAGACGGAGAAAAUGAUGGUAACGUUAACGGCGAAAAUGGUUUUGGCAACGGCGACGAUGAUGAUCAGAUUAUGAUGGAGAGUUAACGGCGACGGUAACAGUGUGGUUGACUGUGAAUGUGACGGCAACGGCACGUGAGUCUUUGGAAAAUUAACCGGGAAGUAAAAAGUCAAAAAGAAAGCAAGCCAAAUACUGGCCAUUUUUGGGGAGUAUAAUUGAAAAUAUUUAUGGUCUGUAUUUUUGUAUAGACCAAGUAAAAAAAGAAUUGGAUGUAUUGAACAGAAGGAGAAAAGAAAAGGAGAGAAAAGAACAAUAUCUUGUAGGUCUUUUUAGAAUUUUUCUUUUUAAAUUCAUUUGUUAAUUUAGAUACUGUUAGUAAAUUUUCUGGAAAAGUAUUAGAGAUCAAUGCCAUUUUCUGAGAUUUAUGUGAUGGAUAUGAUGAUGAUGCCUA